AUGUCAAGUAUUGAGAAAGAUGAUGAUGAUACACCUUGGGUUAAAGUGAUGAACGAAAAUGCUCUCUAUCAUAUAUUGGGUUUAAGUGGUAGAGGGAAAUUCUCAGCUAGAGAGAAAAACGGAGAAGAGGGAAAGAAAGAAAACUCAACACUGAAUGAGGGAGCGCGCGCGAGAACAAGGAAGGCUGAACUUUCUACACUGAAUGAGAUUGUUUCGUCAUAUCAAGCUUUGAUUUCAGUCUCACCCAAGGCUAAGGUGUUGGUUAUCUUUCACAUGGCUGAGAGACAAGCGGCAGAUCAGCAGCAGCAUCAAAUUGAUGCCCAGAUGCAAUCCCCACAACCUCAAAAGGAAGACAUGGUUGCCUGUGUGAUAGCACUGGAGGCUGCUUUGCUUCCAUGCUUGCCUGCCAGAGAGCUUCAAGCAAUUGACCGGUCUCCCCACCCUUCUCAUCAGAUUGAUGUAGAGAGGCAUGCCAGAGAUUUUAUGGAAGCUGCCAAAAAGCUUCAACUAUAUUUUAUUGGUCUACAACGUGAGGAUCAGCCAACCAAGGCUGAACAACUUAGAAAGGAGAUUGAUGCGAUGGAAGAGGAGUUGAGGAUAAAGACUGAGCUUAUCAAGAAGCAUGAAAGGUUGAUCCAAGGGUGGAAAAAGGAUCUGAAAGACCAAUUGGACAAGCACAACACUGAGCUUGAGAGGGUGUAG